AUGACGAAUCCCUCCGUUUCUACCAUUCUGGAAGACUUGGCCGCAGCAGGCAAGGCCUAUGACCAGGCUGAGCCUGGGGCACGGGAAGCCCUCAUUGACCGCAGCCGUGCCCUGGUGGCCGCACUGGAGAUGCCCAGUGAAUUCAUUCAACGCAGCUUCUGGGCCGAGCCCGCCAUGUCCGCCAUCAUCCGCAUCGCCGUCGACGUCAAACUCUUCCAACUGCUCCGCGACGCAGGGGAAGCCGGGCUGAGCCCGUCCGCCCUGGCCGCAAAGACGGGCGUCGACGUCGUGCUCCUGCAGCGAUUGACGCGCCACCUGGUGGCGAUGUACCUGAUCAGCUUCCACCACGGCGCCUUCCACGGCACUCCGCUGAGCGACCAGCUGGCGGCCGACAACUACCAAGACAGCAUCUCGUUCUGCUACGACACGGCGCGCCCGUCCUUCAACAACUUCCCCACCUUCUUCCAGAACACCCACUACCAAUCCCCGCCCGUCGGGAGCCUGAACGGCCCCUUCCAGAGCGCGCAUCGCACCCCCCUGCACUUCUUCGACUGGCUCGUAGCCAACCCGCCCAACCUGCCACACUUCGACUCCUUCAUGAGCGCCUACCGCGCCGGCAAGGCCAACUGGUGCGACCGGGGCUUCUACCCCGUGGCAGAUCGCCUGAUCGCCGGCUUCGACACCACCAGCGCCGCAGGCGUCCUCCUCGUGGACGUGGGCGGCGGCCGAGGCCACGACGUGACCAUCUUCGCCCAGCAGUAUCCCACCCAUCCCGGCCGAAUCAUCCUGCAGGACCGCGAGCCCGUGAUCGCCGCCCUAGACGCAUCCGCUGCUCCCACCACUCCUGGAGCAUUCACGGCGCAGGCGCACGACUUCUUCACGCCGCAGCCGGUCGCCGGGGCGCGCGCCUACUACCUGCACUCGAUCCUGCACGACUGGGACGACGACCGAGGCAUCCAGAUCCUGCGCAACCUGGUCCCCGCGCUGCGCCGGGGCUACUCGCGCGUGCUGCUGAACGAGAUCGUCGUCAGCGAGGAGCGGCCGACGCUGGCGGCCACGAGCAUGGACCUGAUGAUGCUGGCGCACUUCGCCGUGCGCGAGCGCACCGCGGCCGAGUGGCGCGCCAUCCUGGCCGCGGCCGGGCUCCGCGUCGUGCAGAUCUACACGUAUCCCGGGGUGGCGGAGAGUUUGAUUGAGGCGGAGUUGGCGUGA